GGAUGGAUGGAUGGAUCCAUCAAUUGUCAAGACUGAAUCAGAAUCAGGUCACGCAUCGUGUGCAUUCACUCGUCAGCAUCAAUCAAUCAAUCAAUCAAUCAUCGAAUCGAUCAGCAUCCCGCACAAAGCCGACCAACCCACCCACGCUCAUGCCUGGUGAGUGGCGAACUGAUCCGCUGCAUGGGCAGCCAGUCACACACAGUCAGUCGGCAUCGCCCCUGCCGGACUGUCCGGCCCUCAACCUGGCGAGUGCGCCCUGCCCGCCUGGCCCGCCCUUCCCCCCACCAGCCCCAGCGCCCCCCAUCAUUUUCUCCCUCUGUUUCUCUCUCUCCUGCUCCGCCAGGCGUUCCUUCUCUUCCUUGUCGAGUCGCUUCUUUGCCUCUUUCUCGAGCUCUCUCUCAAUGGCCUUUUGUUCGGCGGCCUGCUCGCCCAGCGAACCGAAGACCUCCGCCGGCACAGAGGCCUCCAGGUCCAUCUCGAUGUCAAUCUCCUCGCCUGUUGGUUGGUGCACGGAUGUGUGUGUGUGUGUUGGUUUGGUCGUGCUGCGUAGCAGACCUGUUGGCUUCGGUUUGGUGGGUGCGGUGGGUGCUGGUGGCUGUUCGGCGGCCUCUUCGCCGACCAUUGCAGCGUCCCUGAGUGAACGAACGAGGGAAGGGGGAGAAUUUCAGACAGACAGACAGACAGGCAGGCAGACAGUGUGCGGGUGGGUGGAUUGUGUUACGGGUGCGUAGUUACGGGUGCGUACCUGUAGUAUCCCAAGCCAUGGGGUCCCAUCUUGAAAAUGUAACCCAAUCGACCGCCCUAAUCAAUCAAAUGACAUUGAUGGAGGGAUGAACACACAACCCAGAAAGAGACACGGAAUGUUGUGUGGCAAUCCUUCUGUUGUCCUUCUGCUGUUUACCGGUCAACUGACCUGGAAUGCGUCUGUUUGUAUGAAUGGCGGCCCCCCAGCGACGGCUCUCUUCGCCUCGUCCACACGCCUCUUUUCUUGAAGCUGAUCGAUUCACACCACCACGGAGGGAGGGAGGGAUACAAUACACAAGACGACACCCACAUGCACAUCAAUGAAUGGCGUGAGGUCAUUUGUUUGGCUUCGGUUGUCUGGCUGGCAAGGUCACACUCAGCGCACCUUUCUGUACUCUUCCUGCGCUGCGGCGAUGUCGGCCUCCUCCUGAACAAACGAAAGAACGACGAACGAAGAACGACAGACAGACAGACAGACAGACAGACGUGAGUUCGUGUCGGGGUGCAGUCCAUCCAUCCGUCCAUGCGUGUGGCACCCACCUGUGUCUUCCUCUUCUUUUGAACCUCGAAGUCGGCCUCCUCUGCGCGACGCCUCUUGACCUCCUCCUGCCGCACGCACAUACACACGACACACGACACACAACACACAACACAUUGAAAAUACAUCCAUCCAUCCAUCCACGUGAUACACGUCGAUAAAGCCAUCCGCACCUGCUGCUUGAGUUCUGCCUCUGCUGCUGCCAUUGGGUCGAGGGGCAGCUGUGGGGCCGCCUCAGCGACGAUGUCGGCCACAUUGAAGUGAACCUGUGCGUAGAUGGCCUGCACACUCCGCUUGACGCGCAGCAUGUCCCUGAAGGUGUCCUCAUUGCCGUGAGCCACCUCAAACUCACGCCACUCCUGCACACAUGGGGAGGGAGGGAGGGAGGGAGGGAGGGAGGAAGGGAGGAGUGUAUCUCUGUGAUGCAUUUGGGUUUGGUGUUUUGUGUGUGGCUCACCUUCCAGAACUCGGCUUCCUUUCUGGGGUCGCAGAACUGCGAAGUGUGUUUGUAUAUCUCUCGGGCGCGGUCGAUCUCGCCGAGACUCUUCUCCAAUGUGGCGAACUUCAAACACAUCAUGAUCACCUGAGAGACGGAUGGAUGGAUGGGUGGAUGGCACAGAGGUAGCACACAUGUCGGUCGGUCUGUCUCCCUGUGUGCUGUGCUAGGUAUGGACAUUGGCUUCCUUCACGUACCUCUUUGUCUUCCAGUUCUUCGACCGCCUUUUCGUAUAUCUUGCGGGUCUUGGUGACGCCAAACAGCUCAGCCGUCUGCUCACAGUGCACACACAAGUGAAUGCGACGACGGAUGGAUGGGUUGAUUGAUGGAUGGAUGGAUCAGUGGAUGGUGGGUGACCUUGGCGAUGUAGAGGAGGUAGAGUGUGUAUUUGUCUGCCUUGGCGGCACUGAGGCAGGCCCGCUCAUAGAGGGCCAGUGCGUGCCGUGCCAGGCCGUACUCCUCCUCUAGUCGCGCGUACAGCAGAUACAGACCCUUCGAGUACUUGGGGGGCGCAUCGGACACAGCCUGCAUCAAUCCAAUAAAUGGAUGGAUACAUGGAUGCAUGGACACAUCAACACACACACACAGGGAGAAGGAGAGUGAGAGGGGAAGGAAAGACCACAUGUGUGUGCCCAUCAGGCGUACCUGUUCGAAAAGAUCCCGCGCCCUCUCGAGUUUUUUGCCGCCAUAUCGUGCGACGAAUUUCGUGAGGUAGAAGAGCCAUAUGUCGUGGACGUGCGGCCACUUGAAGAGAUUCACGCCCUUCUCGUACACGCGGAACGACUCCUCGUAGAACCGCAUCUCCUGACGGACAGAUAGCACACACAGACACGCGAAUGGAUGGAUGGAUGGCUUACAUUCAUUCCUUUGCUUGACUGAUUGAUUGCUGACCUCUAGGUAGUGUGCGUAAUUGAUGAUGAGUUGUGGAGUGGCCACCUUGAGCUCAAUCAUCUUGUCGUAACACGCCCGUGUCGUCUCGAGCGUACCGAAGUUCUCCUCCUGCACACAAACACACAGUGGGAGGGAGGGAGGGACGGAGGGAGGGUGUGUGUCAUCCAUCCAUUUGUGGGUGCACUGAGCUCCCCUGCCCACUGGUUUACCAGGUCGGCGCACAAUGCCCACACCUUGACGGAUCUGUACAGCCGGGCCUGCACAGAGUCCUUCGGCGCAUUGCGGGGCCGAUUGAUGGCCUGGCGCGCCACCUGAUGCACACACAGGCCACGCACAGCAUGCAUCUAUCUGUCCAUCCAUCCAUCCAUCCAUUCUCUCCCGUAUGUGUGCACCUCGAGUGCCUUGUCGAAGUGUUUGUGCUUGAUUUCCAUCUCAGCCCAGUGGCACCAGAUGGUGGCCAGGUCGUCGACCCCCCUGAAGUUGACGUGCGUGGCCUUCUCCAAGAUCACACGAGCGUUGUCGAGGUCAUCGUGCGUCUCGUAGUAGCCGGCGAAGCGAAUCCACAGGAGGUGCAGCUUGCCCACGGCCCGCUGUGGGUCGAUCGUCAUGACGGCCUCAGUGAACGCGCGGAUCACCUGCACACAUACACGUACACAGACAGACAGAGAGACAGACAUACACAGGGAGGGAGAAGGCAUUUCUUUGUCUAUUCGAGCGGUGGCAUAUGUGUGUAUAUUGUUGUGUGUGGUUUGUGUACGCGCUCCGGCUCUUCGUGGUAGAUUUUGACGCGAUUGAGCCACUCGUGCACACUGUGGGGGUUCUGGCGCAGCUUGACCGAUGACACCAACUCGGGACGCCUGCAUGAACAAACACCAGAUGAGUUUGCGUGCUCAUGUAUGUAUGUGACUUGUGUAUUGUGGGCGGCUGUUUCUUCGGCUCACUUGGCCAGGAGAUGGUCGAGGCGCGCCAUGAGAAAGUCGACCUCUUCCCCCGCACCCCUGCUCACACACAGAGGGACACACAGGAGGACACACAACACAACACGCAUGUAGACAGACCCAUCGAUGGAAACUUCGAGUGGGGGGUGUUGGGUGUUGGGUUUUCACUUACCCGUCCUGCUGUUCACUGUCUUGUGGGUCACUGUCGACUUUGUUAGUGAUGAGGGCCUCCUCAAAGUUGGUGUAGGCGUCAAACACCAAGGCGAAGUCAUGCAUUGUCGUCACCUCACACAAGGCCUCCUGAACGAACGCACCAGAAUACAUCCGUACAUGAGUCGAGCACAUACACAGACAACAUGGUGUAUGUGUACUCAUCUGACAUGACACGCACGAACCUCGUAGACGUCCCGGGCCUUCUCGAGGUGACCCAGACGGAUGAAAUGGUCGGCCAGCGAGCACCACAACCGGCCAACCUGCACACAACACAACACAACGCAAUGUUGUAGAAAUGACAAGUCUGGUUGUGUGUCUCUUGUGGUGACCUCGUCAGUGAAUCGCUUGAGUCCGCUGCGAAUGACGGGUUCUAUUGCCAGCGAUUUGAUCUCCUUCGGGUGCUUGGUUAUCAAGUCACACAGGUCCAUCCUACACACCCACAACACAACACACCAAUGAAUGUAACUGCAGUAUGUGACCGCAUUCGUGUGCGCACCAGAGCUGGUGGUUGGUUUUGCCCUCCAUCGACGUGAAGCCCUCGUCGUUGACGACCUUGGCGAGCAGCCGUGCGGCCUCGUCAAAGUGGCCGACCGAUAUGAGGUAGGCGAUGUAGGUCUCAAUGUGGUCGGGCUCCAGCAUCAGGUAACGGCGGAACACACACACGGCCGACUCUAUCACGCCCACGUCCUUGAUGAAGUCGAUGUACCGCUCCCAGAUCCGGUCAUGCUGCACACGUCAACAAACAGAUCACGCAGACACCCACACGUGCAGACAUGAGUCAAUCCACUCAUACGCCCUCUCUCCCUCCCUCCCUCCCUCCCUCCCUCCCUCUCCCUCUCUCUCUCUUUCUCGUACCUGUGUGAUUGGGAGUGCCCUGAGUGCUCGGUCGUAAGUGCGCCUCGUGCGCGUGACGAGUUUCUGUUUGCGGAGGAAGUCGGUGUACUCGAUCCAGAUCUUGGGCAUCUUGUUGAGGAAGACCAGGGCCCUCUCGAAGCACACGUUGACGCGUUCGUACCCCGGGUCGGUGAUGCAGUUGGCCUUGACCUGCUCCAUGCGCUCGCCCAGAUAGACCCUCCACAGCUUGUAUGAGCCAGGGAGCGACUGCAAGGCCCGCUCAUAGUAGAAGUUGCGCAGCUUUGGGGGUGCGCGUGUCUUGGAGUUGAGGUACGCCCACCACACCUUGACCGAAUACGGGUUGCGCGUCAGCUCCUCCUCGUACGCUACGUCGGUCUCCUUGAUGAUAUCGUCGGCCAAACUUCCCCAAACCGAUGAGAAAGCCGCCAUCCUCAAUUGACGACAGCUGAUAAGAUAGACCAAUCAGCGGGUAAUGGAAGCUCAGCGGACUUGACUGACUCUUCUCAGCAGUGCAGCAACCAGAUCAAGCCGAUGGACAGAUCUAAGGCUGCACACCUUCUGCAAGUACAUGCCCCGUCCAUUCACGGCCUUUCAACCUCUCCUUCUCCCCCUCUUUCCG